AUCAAGGCACGAAUUGAAAUGCACUGCCAGACAUCGACCAAAACUCAAUAAAAAUGCCGCAUGCUCUUUACAAUCGGAUAUGUAGAGCCUCAGAAUUGUGGCGAAUAACUCAAUAAAAUCUGCAAUCACCAAAUAAAUUAAUGAUCAAAAUCUGACCAAAUAAAAACAUUAACAAAAUCUGCAGUCACCAAAUAUACCUGGCUCUUGGAGAGUGUUUCUGUGACUGGCGGAGAAAGAAAAGUUCCAGAAAACACAUUAAGCGAAAACAAGUCGUAUAGUAACUAUCGUCAAGCACUUAUUCGGUGGGAUAAUCAAUGGGCGAUAGUCUUGUGUUGCCAUGGCGACGACUGUCAAACACUAGAAGGCGACCAACCAUCCAUGCAUUCCUUCACUACAUCCUUGCCAUUGCCUCUCCAUCUUCACUAAACACCCAGGAAAUACAUUUCUUUAUAUGCAAGCAACUCGAGGUGUAAAGCGUAUCGUUCAAGGAAAAAAUGACAGCAUGGUGUUUUUAAUUAAAGAUAAUAACAUCGAAGUUAAAUAUUUGAUAAGAAUAUAAGUUAAUCCUACUGCUUUUCCAUUUGCUAUUAACACUAUCCAUGCAGCCUGAAAAUAUACAUCCUUAUGCGCAAGCAAAUCGAGAUGUAGAGCAUAAUAUCGUCCAAAGGAAAACUACUUCAAGAUGUUAUUGAGAAGUAACAACAUUGAAGUUAAAUAUUUUAUAAGAAUGUAAGUCAAUCCAUGCAACUGCUUCUCCAUUCUCACUAAACACAAUUUAUGCACACCCCAAAAUACAUUUUAUACACAAGCAAAUCGAGAUGUACAGCAAGGGAAAACGACUGCAAGGUAUUAUUUUAGCGGCGACAACAUCGAAGUCAAACAUCUGAUAAUAAAUGUGUCAGUCAUUCCUGCUGCUGUUUUUCGCCUCCCGUCGUGUAGGUGUCCGAGCUGCCCUCACCUCGCUCGCCCAGGAAAGCCACGUUGGCGUAACCUUUCCCGCGUCACACAAACAACGGCGGCAGCGGCUUCAUUAUCAUUUAUCUUGAGGAAAACAUUUUGGGGUUUUGAGGCAACAUGGCUGUCCACCUUGCUGGCCACGCGCUGAAAUCAUUAACAGCGGAAUGCUUUGAAUAUUUGCUUAUUAUUGACUUGAUAAAGGGUAGAGUCAGUUCCUAUAGAUAUAGUAGUCAGCCGAAGCUGUCGAUGUUGGUUUAUCAUUUACCUAGCAUGUAGAGAUUUUUAUCUACCAUCCACCUUCAAGGCUUGCAGUUUAUUGGUGCAAUUAUCCCCUCAGGCAUCAGGAAGAGCUUGAUGUUGGAUUAAUUGGCAACUUGCAAGGCGGCAGCGGCGGAGAGAAGCCAGCGCCUCUCACAUACGCAGGCAUUCCUCGCCUGACCUGCGCGACGUCCAGACGCUUCUCCCGCUGCUCCGUUCACCUGCAUACAGUCCAGCAUGACUCGCGAAGAUGAGAUGAAGGAGGCAGCUGCCGCGGCGGCCGACGAGGCAGAGAGUGGGAUGGACAAGCUGCGGUGCCUCCUGCUGACCCGCGGCUACAACGGCAUCAUGCAGUUCGGAAGGCUCUUCCGGAUAUCCGAUGAUGACGGCAGCCACACCCUGAACCAAGAGGAGCUGACGGAGGCUCUGAAUAACUUUGGGCUUGAGUUGUCCGAAGAUGAAGUCACCGAGAUCUUCAGCUCCAUGGACGAGGACGGCACCGGCUCCGUCAACUACGACGAAUUCCUCGACAAGCUGAGGCCGGAGUUGACGGAGGAUCGCACGGCCAUAGUGCUGGAGGCCUACGACAAGCUGGACCAAUCUGGGGACGGCAUGGUGACACUGGAGGACGUCAAGGGGCACUACGACGCCUCCAACCACCCCAAAGUCCUGGCCGGGGAAAUGUCGGAGGAUGACGUUCUCACUAAAUUCCUGGGCCGGUUCGAGGGCACCACCAAGACUGACGGGCAGGUGACAAAAGAGGAGUUUUUGGAAUAUUACUCUGGAGUCAGUAAAUCCAUAGACGAGGACGAGUAUUUUGUGGAGAUGAUGAAGUCAGCUUGGAAGUUGUAAGGCGAGCGGAGCAGCUGCGGGGCGGGGAGGCACCGGCAGGGCGAGGUUGUCCCGAGCGUCGCCGCGAGCUGGUUCGAACAAUGCGGCUCCUGAAGCAGUGUUUGAAGCGGCCACGGCAAGCGACUGGCGCCACUUCACCAUGACGAGCCAAGGAGCGUGUGGACGAGGUUGCUGGAGAUACCUUUGGGAAAGAGGCAUUAUGCUAAUUCUGUAGACUAACGAACAAAAAAAAUAAUGAUAGGUGGUUAGAAUUACUCAUAUGAGGGAAGCCUCACAAACACUUGCGGCGUGUUACCAGCGUGUAAAACUAUUUCAUGUUAUAUUUUUUAUGUAAUUAAGAGUACACGAGGAUGGUUGAGCAGUCCACAAAUUGGACUUCUUGAGGCAUUACAUCGAAGUGUGCCGUCAUGAUUGCUAGAGUUGUUGAUUUAUGAAAACGAAGAAAUCAUCGGUGAGUGAAACAUUCGAGCAUUGUUUCAUUGUUUGCAUUGAUAGCAGGUUUGGUUAAAUGUUGGAAUUGCAUAGGCUUAUAUAUUUAGAUUUUUUUAUCUAUAUUUAUUAUUUAUUAUUUACAUGAAAGGGACAUAAGGGACUCUGUUGUGGAUUAGCUUUACGAAAACUUUGUCGUGACCGACAGUCAGUCAGGUCAUCUUGAACCUUGGCUGUAUACCAUCUUGCUUCACGAGAAGUCACGAAAAGGCCUCGAGACAGCCCGAGAGUAUAACCUGGUGUGACCAGCGCAUCAGAGUGAUUUUGGGCAGUAAUCAUGGUGAUCAAAGAGCAUAAAAGCUUCUGAGAAGAUAUGAAAAUAUAAGAAUAAAGGAAAUGUCUCAAAUAAUCUUCGUCGCAGUUGUGGUGGUGGGCGGGAAUAGAUGAUUGUGUUUUUGAUGCUGGUAUUUGCAUGGCCGGUGAUAGUGCUUGGCGAGGGACAGUGGUGGUAGUGCUGCUGGUGCUUAUGGUAGAAAUCAAUUAUUAAACAUUCAUAUUUGUAAUCACCUGCAGCACCUAAUUCUGAACUGAUAUUGCGCUAGGGAGGAGCUGGAGGGAGAAUAGGAGGAGGAGAGGAAGGAAAAACAGGAGAAUAAACUAUUACAGGGAACAAGGAACAACAUGAUGCAUAUAAGGAAUAAGACGCAAAGAGUCAAAAUGUCCUACUUCCUCUCUCUCCCCUGUCCCUCUCUCCCUCCACCUGGCGCCCGGACACUCACCUCUACACUAAUUGGUGCUCACGACUCCGCACCUUCACAUUCGUACACACCUUUGGAUCCACCUGCCGCGUACCUUCAAUUAAGCCGUAGCGAAGUGCUCCCCAGUAUUGUUUGGUGGUAAGACAAGGGAAACACCAAUACUCAUUUAGUUUAGUUAUUGUUUGAUGAUGAUUUGUUAGAAUUGGUUGUUUCUUUAUCGUAAUGUUUUCCGUCUUGUCCGUUGAUAUUGUUGUUACGUGUCUUCAACGUCAUUGGUAUUGCGCAAACCGUUGACGUUGUAUAUUAUUUGUUACUAUUGAUUACUAUUUAUUUUUUGUUACUGAAAUUCAACCCCAAACUAAAAUUGUAAAAGAAAUACUUGUUGUUUCCGCAAUAUUGUUACUCCUGUGUAGAUUUUUAUUUUAAUUUUAUUUUGGGGUUAGUAUCGACAGCUGAGGCGGGAGAGGAGCAUCGUAGAGCAGCUGCAAACUCUCGUGCACGGUGACGCUUGAACCUUUGUGUACAUCAUAUGGUCUUUCGCUUCACCGAUAAAGUGCAAAUGAAUAAA